AUGGGCUCAAUUCCGGAUUCUGCCCCUGUCGUCAGGGUCUUCAUUGCAGGCGGCUCCUACGCUGGCCUGUCUGCGGCCGUCAAUCUGCUCGAUCUGGGUCAUGGCCUGUCACCACGCAUGGCGCAUGAGCGGUACCAGCACCAUCCUAGCGUGCCCAAGGUCAACUUUCAAAUCACCAUUGCCGAUGAGCGAGAUGGCUACUACCACUUGAUUGGAUCACCACUAGCUCUGGCCGAUUCUGAAUAUGCAAAGAAGGCCUGGGUCAAGUUUCAAGAUAUUCCUGGCCUACAACUCCCCAAUGUUCAAUUCGUCCAGGGCUCGGUGUCUAGCGUCAACUGCGAAGCCAAGACAGCUACCAUUGUCGACUCCACCACCAAAGAAGCCAUCACCCACCAGUACGACUACUUCGUCACCGCCACCGGCCUGAGAAGAGUGUGGCCUGUAGUGCCCCAGUCUUUGACUCGGAAGCAGUAUCUUAUUGAGGCUGAAGAGCAAAUUAGUGCCCUUGACGAUGCAAAAGAUGGCGUUGUCAUUGUUGGGGGCGGGGCUGUUGGCAUCGAGAUGGCUGCUGAGUUGAAACUGGUCAAGCCUCAUCUCAAGGUGACUCUGGUUCAUUCGCGAGACAAGCUCAUGUCAUCUGAGCCGCUCCCCGAUGAGUGCAAGGACAAAGCCUUGGAAAUGGUCAAGGAAGCUGGCGUCCAAGUAUUGAUGAACCACCGGCUGGUUAGCUCCAACAAGGUCGUGUCCCCUGACGGUUCGUCAAAGUAUGAAGUUGAGUUUACGAAUGGACAUCGAAUGGCUGCGAGCCAAGUCAUCAUGGCUAUUUCCAAAAGCAUUUCGACAACUUCAUAUCUACCAUCAUCGGCUACUGAUUCCGAAGGUCUCGUCAAGAUUGUACCCAACAUGAGCUUCGAGUCUGGCACUCCCAACGCCGCGUCACACUUUUGUGCUGGUGAUGUGACUAAAUGGUCAGGUAUCAAGCGCUGCGGCGCCGCCAUGCACGGUGGACAUUAUAUCGCCUACAAUAUUCACCAAAGCGUUCUAGAGCAGGUUGUUGGUCACCAACCAAAGUUCCAAGAGCUGCAAGAAAUUCCACCCAUGAUUGGCCUGGCGGUGGGCAAGAAUGCCGUUGCAUAUGGGCCUGACGUUGGCGUUAUUACCGGGCCCGAAGUAAUGGAGGCGUAUUUUAGAGAUGACUUGGGCUGGGCGAUUUGCUGGGAUUAUAUGCAGCUGGGAAACCAACAACCUGAUGUCAAGACACUGGAGACAAAGUCUUCUUAA